AUGUUGGCAGGCGAGGAGCAGGACAGCGAGGCGUCCGCAGCGCCCAUGUACGUGUAUGAAUCUAAGGUCCACUGCGCCAACGUGCUGUUGAGCCUGGAGGAGCAGCGGCGGCAGGGCAUCCUCUGCGACGUGACCGUGCAGGUGGAGGGUAGGGAGGUUCGAGCACACAGGGCUGUCCUCGCCGCCAGCAGCCGCUACUUCCUACAAGCCCUCCUGGGGCACAACACGUCACCCGGUGAAGCGGAGCCCAUCAUUAACCUGCCGGACAAGGUAACAGCCAAGGGUUUUGCACCACUGCUCCAGUUUGCCUACACAGCCAAGCUGGUUUUAAGUCGGGAGAACAUCCAUGACGUCAUCCUGUGCGCUGACUUCCUGGGUGUUCACAAUUUGGAGGACUCUUGCUUCCGGUUCCUUCAGGAGCAGCUACAGAAUGACAGCCAACACGCCAGUAAUGGCAAGGUGGACUAUGACGAUGACAUCACAGCCAAGGACACAGUGUUUUCGGAGACGGCAUCCGUGGACGAUUCUGCAGACACGAGGCAUGAUGUAGCAAGCACUACGCCACUUCCCACUGACCCUCCUCAAUGUCCGAAAUACAGGAAAUAUCACUACCAGAUCUGUGACAACAAGCUCAAUGGAGAAAACCAUCAUGGCAGUGAUGAUGUCAUUUUGGCCAAUCAUACCUCAGUCAGCCCUGUGAGCUCGCAGCUUGCAGACAGCAGUGCUGCUCCACAAACUCUACUUACACCCUCCAGAAUCAAAGAGGAACCCUUUGUGUUUGAGGAAGAAGAAGAAAGCAAUGGCUGCAACACGGAGUUGUGCACCGAGGAGGUGCUGGAGAUGGAGCUGGAGGUGGAAGGGGUUCCAGUAGCAGCUGAGCACUCGCCUAGCCAAGGCUCGCCCUCUUCCUGUCUGCGCUCCUACCUCCAGAGAGGUGGCCUGGAUCUGAGCGGUGUUCCCAGCGCCACCAUCCAGCAGCUACUCACCAACAGACUGUCCCUCAACCACUACAGGGAACUGGUCAAAGACAGACAGAGGGAUAAGAGGGAAUCUGUCGGCCAAGUGGACCUCAAGACCGGCAUUGCAGAUGUAAUACCAUCAGCACUGACUGGUAUUGGUGGGAACAUGGAGAGGCCAGUGUCCAAAGCCUCCUCCUCUAAACAUGAGGGCGAGCUAGACAGACGCAGUGUCAUUUUCUCCUCAGCAGCUGGCGAGCGACAAAUGUUGGCCCAAUCUUACAUGGACGAGAAGUUCAGAGAAAAAGUCUCAACCCUGAUGCAGGUAGAACCUCUUUCCUCCAGUCGAUCAUGCCUCACCACCAGCUGCCCUGUUCCCAUCAAGACAUCAGCCCACUCUCCUCCUCCCUUUGAGCCCCGAACCCAGACUUCCAGCUCCCGUUCCUCGUUCUCGUACCCAGAGGACGCAGGCAGCAGUAGCUCACCUUCCAGCCUGCCCCAGUUUGACUUCUCCUCAUCGCCGCACUCAGGCUCCAUCUCUGGACUGUCUCAGUGCCUGGCUGGGGUGAUGGAGCAGAGGAACCCCCACAGCGGAGAGGUGGUCUUCUCUCAGGGUUGCACCAAGAUCAAAAGUGAACGGGGAUUUGGUGCCAGUGGUGGCAACUCCAGUGAUGAAUCAGGCUCCUUCUCAGAGGGAGACAGUGAAAGUGGCAUGUCCAGAGUCUCUGGUCCUGAGGUAAAGCUGCCCUUCCCCGUGGACCAGAUCACCAACCUGCCGCGCAAUGACUUCCAGAUCCUCAUCAAGAUGCACAAGCUGAGCUCAGAGCAGCUGGAGUUCAUCCACGACGUUCGCCGUCGCAGCAAGAACCGCAUCGCCGCACAGCGGUGCCGCAAGAGGAAGCUGGACUGCAUCCAGAACUUAGAGGGCGAGAUCCGCAAACUGAUGUGUGAGAAGGAGAAGCUGCUGAGCGAGCGCAACCAGCUGAAGGUUUGUAUGUCGGAGCUGUGGCAGAACCUCUCCUUCCUCUCCCAGCAAGUGUGCAGGGAGGUGCAGGGCAGCCAGCCGCCUCCCGUCUCCGCCAGCAUCGACCUCACAUCCAUACCGCCGUCGCCUUCCUCCGACGACAUCUCGUCCCAGCCCAGGUCGCCGGUGUCACAGCAAAGUGAGGCUGCGUGUCUGUCUGAUGUGGGUCUCAGCCAGGGGAGGGGGGGCAGGCAGUGUAGGGUGGAGGUGUCGGAUGUGGGGCAGCAGAACGCGGAGUGUCCACUGGUGCGUGGAUCCACUGAGGAAACAUGUAGCCCCACUGUAACAGUGGAUUUCUGUCAGGAAAUGACUAAGAAAUGCACGACGGAUGAACAGAAGAGACAGGACUGUCCUUAGAGUCAGUGGUGAACGGUUUGGUCUACGACACACUCGUCUUGUCUAUACCUUGAUAUUUGAAGUAUUUUUUUCUUUUUUUUUGUAAAGGAUGACACAAGCGUUAUCUUAU